CAGGAAGGUUUUUAACAAUAUUUCUCAAUCAUCAAUGUACAUUUGUUGUCAAUAUAUUGUCAGCGUUAAGGUAUUUAAAGCAUUUAGAAACUAUAAACGUUCCAAUCUGAUAUAUUUCUUGCAUUUUGCUCGUAUUGAUUGUAAGUUAUAAUAUGUUGUGAAAGAUUAACUAUUCAAUUUUAUGACUGAUGUACUUGCAUCAGUUGCAACAGCCUGGAUCCGCCCCUGCAUGGUCGUAAGAACAUUUUACUAGAGAGGCACUGUAAGUUUAAGUUUAAAAGAGUGAAGAGAAUGCUCACAGUGUUAAAGUGUUUACAAGAAUGUUUUAGAAAUAUAAAGUAUACAAGUUUUUGCCUGGCAGGUUUAAAGGUAGACAUGUACAUAAAGGUAAACACAAAGGUAGGCCUAACUAAACGUAGACGUAAAUGUCGGGAAAUUCAAGUUGCGAGAAAGGAAAUUCAGGCUGUGGUUGAAACUUGAAAGUGAUCUAUUUUUUAAAGAUACGUGUGCCACGUCAGCAGUCAUUAUCAUAUCAAUGGCUAUAUGUAAAUUCACUGCAGCUGAGCAGUUACAACAACAAAAAAUUACUCGAGUAAAUUUCAUGGUUUGAAUUGAAAAUUUCAUGAGCAUUAGUGUUUUUGAUGACAAAAUAAUGCUUUAGUGUUGAAGUAGUGUUGUUUCUGAUCGUACAUCAGCUAAAACGUCUUUGUAAACAUCUGUAAAAACAGACGUAUUUACCAUAUUUAAAUUGUCAACAUCCGCUUAUCCCAAAACCUCUUCGAUCAUGGCAAUUAUAUUAUUAGCUUGAUGAGGAAGUGUUAAGAUUCCUUGGAAUUGUCAGGAUCACUGUUAGCAAAAUAGAUCAAAGAAUAGAUUUUCUGUGGUUAUAUUUGUAUUCAAGUGCGGACGUUUGAAGAAUUUUGGAUGCUUCUGAGUCGAAGCUGUAAAAUUGGCCCGUCGGUAACAGUGGCAAUUUUGUUCUCCUUGUUUAAUACACUGAUUAUUAUUGUGUAUUUAGGUACACUUCAUUACAAAGAUGGGAGUUUAAAUCCCGGUACUUUGCCUUGCCCUACUUCAAACUUGAUGAGUCAUGGAGAAGGUGAACAACAUUCUACCCAAAUUAAAGAAAAAAUUCAACAAGUAUUGGUGGUGAAUCAGAAUGAGUUAGACUCAUUUGAAAAAGAAUUCAAGGAAAAUAAUUCAAACAACAACCGCACAGUGAAGACAUUGUUUAACUUAAGUAAUAAAGCAAACUUGUUAAAACGUAAAAACAAUCUUCAACAUGCUAAAGACAAAUUAAAGUUUAAUGCCAAUCUAAUGAAAAUGAUUGGGCACAGUCCAGUCAAACCUGUUGACAUUGUUAUUGGUAUUCCGACGGUAAAGAGACAAUCAGAGGAAUAUCUUACUUCAACUUUGCGUCAAUUAGUAAAUUUUCUAAAUACGGACGAAAGGAAGCAAUGUCAUAUCGUAGUAUUUACUGCAAACCGUGAUGGCGAUGGCAACGAAAGAACGGCCGAGUUUAUAAAUCAACAGUUCGCGAAUGAAGUUGAAUUGGGUUUAAUACAAGUCAUCAAACCAGACAAGUCGUUUUAUCCAAAAUUAAAGGAUCUGCCUUUGCUAUGGAAAGAUAAACCAGAUCGGGUGUAUUGGCGUUCAAAGCAAUGCAUCGAUUAUGCCCUUUUGUUUCUUUAUUGUCGAAAUCUAGGAAAGUACUACCUCCAUUUAGAAGAUGAUGUUUCCAUAUCUCCAUCUUAUUUCAGGGAAAUGAAAAAUUUCAUUGUUGCUCGCGGUUCUACACGCUGGUCAACUUUACAGUUUGGUCCGGGUGGCUUUAUCGGCAUGCUUCUUAAAACAGUUGACCUGGAUCGACUGGCGCUAUUUGUAAAGAUGUAUUAUUGGGUCUUUCCUGUUGAUAUGCUUUUCCGACAUUUUAACGAAAUUUAUUUGUUUGGAAAUAGUCCCCGUAAUGUGUAUAGUCCCCCUUGUUUCAAACAUCUUGGAAAACAGUCUUCUCUAAAAGGCCAAACUCGUAAGAUCGACGAUGAUAUCAGUAAAAUUAUGAAAUCAAAGCCAAGCAGAAGACAAUAUACUAAUGCAGAAAAUCCUAGUGCGUUCCUCUCUACAAGUAUUCGAACCGUUGAACAAAAUACGAUAGAUCGACCAUAUAGGAAAUUGAACGUCGGAUAUUUUUGGGGUAGAAAUGUCAAUGUUAAUGAUUUCAUCUUACUGGACUUUGUGAAAAAAGUGCGCCUGGCUCGAGUGAUUUUCGAUAGCGGAGCCUCGUUUGCCCCGAUCGACAUUUUAGCAGAUGCAAAGCUAGAAACUGCUCACUCAACGGUGACAGAUGACUGCUUAGCUGAAGGCUCCAUUUUGUUACCAAGAUCCAUCGCGAAUGGAAUUGUGGAUUCUGGCUGGUUGAAAAAUGUAGAGUAUUCAGUGAAAUGUAUCAAAAUGACGAUAACAAAACUGAAUUUGGAUGAACGUGGUAAGCCAACAUUGUUGCUGAUAAAAGAGAUCGCGGUUUGGACGAAAUGAUUUUGCUGGAAUUAAUCAUUAAUUGUGAUUAUUUAUGUUUUUUUACUAUUUGAAAUGUGUAUGUUAUUAAAAUGGGUUGUUUUAAACAGUAA